ACGGUUCAAGGAGGAGUUUUCAACCCUUCUAGGUGUUACGUUCUCUACCAGCGUGGAACUAUCGCUCACAAGCUGUCAUCAUGGUCAGAGAAAUAAAAAACAAGGAGGAGUUCGACAAGCUCCUUCAGGAAGCGGGAGACACGCUGGUGGUGGUGGACUUCACAGCUACGUGGUGUGGGCCCUGCAAAAUGAUCGGUCCACAUGUUGAUAAAAUGGCGGAGCAACACAAAGACGUAAUUUUCGUGAAGGUGGAUGUGGACGAGGCAGAAGAUGUGAGCAGUUCCUGUGGUAUUAGCUGCAUGCCCACAUUCCAUUUCUACAAAAAUGGAAAGAAGGUGCAUGAGUUCUCCGGUGCUAACAAGGACACACUUGAAGCCAAAGUGGCUGAACUGAAGUAGACCAACGUGUCUGGGACCAACCUACACAUAACCACAUUG